AUGAGUUCUUCAUCAAGCUCUCGCGAACCUUCACCAUCUAUGAAACAAACUUUACCAAACGAUUAUGGAGCACCUAUUGAAUAUUUCUUACGAGCUGCACAAUGGCAAAGAGCAGUCUCACCAAGGUUAGGUGUUCCACCAGCUCCUGUCAAAAAUAGCAUUUGGUCAAGUCCUUAUAUAAGAUAUGGUCUCCCACUAGGUUUGCUAGCUACAGCAGGAGCAGUAAUGAUGUUGAAAAGAAACAAAGCAAAUGUUGUAAAUAAUACUGAAGUAGCUGAAGUUAAACAAACUCCAACACCUUCGCCAAAACCUUCAAUGACUCCUGAACCUAUGGAAGUACAAACUCCUGUUCAAAAGUCAACUCCUAAACCGACUCCAACAUUUAAACCAGAACCUACUCCUCAAAUAAAUCGUAAAACUCCUGCGUUUCCUUACUGA